AUGGCUGGUCUCGUCGAACGUUUACCUCCAGAGAUCCUCCACCUCAUCGCCGAAAGCCUAUGCAAUCACUCGCUGUCCCGCCUGUCGCGAACCUGCAGGAUUUUCCGAGACAUUGCACAGCCAAUUCUCUACCAUCGCUUGUUGCCUCCCUCCCAGGGCCGUUGCUUUUCUCUUCUUCGAACGCUGUUUCAGCGGCCCGAUCUUGCCAGAGCAGUGAGAGACAUGCAUCUCGACAACACGCUGGAAACUCUGGGUCGGGAAGAACUCAUAGCAUGGCAGCCGCUGGAUGGAGAAUUGUUCGAGCUGUUCUGUAUCAUGCAGUCUAUUCCCUCGGUCAACCACAAAGAGUACAUCGACGGACCACAGACGUGGGUCAGGGCCUAUUGCAUGGGAGUCUUGCCGCUCAUAUGCAACGUCGAGCGCCUCACGAUCGUCGUGGAUGGUAUGGGAUAUCCCCAAGGCCUGCCGCUCUCUCUCCCUCGACUGGCGGAGCUAAAUUAUGUCGACAGACGCUGCUGGAUCGACCCCACAGCAGCAUCAUCUCUCGGCAGCAUCGAGGGUAUUCUGCAAGCAGCGCCCCGUCUCCAAAUUUUCAGGGGCUUCGGCCUGGAGAACUUGGCCCCUUUGCCGGCAAGGUUGGACAACUUGACGGAGCUGUACUUGGACACAUGCAAUCUGGAUCCCAAGAGCCUCGACGAGCUCCUGAGCCGAGCGCCAAAUCUCCACUCGUUCUUUCUGUCGUGCCUGAGACCUGCCUUCAGAACUCGACCGUACUUUCAUCCGACUGACGUUGUCCGUCCCUUGGAGCGAGUGCGUCACACUCUGAAGUGGCUGUACCUGGACUACUCACCUUAUGACCAGUGGCCUCCUUCUUUCGGAAAGGACAUGCUGAAAGCGCUCAAAGGUUUAGAGGCGUUGGAAACCUUGAUUGUGGGCGACAUGUUUCUGCUCGCCCCGACGCCAAGAUACCCCGUAUCUACAUAUCGACAUUGGCCUACACUAGCGACUGCGCCUCUACCUUGCCUCGGUCAGAGGGACACACAGAGCAAGAUCAGGCCGUCGAGAAACAUAUAUCGCAACCCACUAUUUGACGCGACCAUGGAAUCAGAUCGUCCGCUCUACGAUGAAAAUAACAAUCAGCUGUUCCCUCGCGUCAGAAAGCUCGUAAUGCUAUCUUACGGACCUUGCAUCCCGUCAGAUCUAGAAUGGCUAUCGGCAAAUACGGCUCAUCUGUUUCCAAGUCUGCAACAUAUUGACUUCGACUUGUAUUUUGCACAACUGCCAAUGGAUACUAGCAUACACCCCUCGGAGAGUCGUUCGGAGGCGGCCAGGUUGCGUGACCUGUGGGACGAAACGGCAGGGAAUGGGUUGAAAGGCAUCUCCUUUGAUGUCAUUCCGUCAGUCUUGAGAGCUGUUAACGGCAUUUCCGAGGACACGGAUGACACCCGUGACGAUGGCGACCAGGAUAUCUAUUGGUGGUAA